CCCUCUGCCUUUGUAAUUUUAACCUAGAAUGUCGGUGACGACAGUCUCUUGCAUGGAGACCACGAAUGCCGGAAUAAAUCUGACAUUAUGACACCAGACACCUGGCAGGUCUGACAUCGCAGGGGUAAAUACUUAGAGUUACUAUAAAGCCCCGGGGCCCCCUCAGGACUACAGUUGUUUACCCCUGAGCUCCGGACAGGAUCGUAGGGCCGGACAGAGGAAACAUUUAAGAUCCAAUACGCAGGAUUUUUACGUCACGCCGUUGGAAGCAAGCCUUCACGGUCUUUGCACAGUUACAUCCCAUUUGGGUACAGGAGCUGUCAAAGGCAAGGCGGUACUGAAACAAGCAAGAUCUUGAUUUAAGCAACAAACCUGUACUUGAACAGGUUACUCAUAUUCUACUCAUAUUCUGGAGCACCUGUUUCAAUUCAUCAAAAACUCAUGAGAGGGAGUUACUGGAGGAACAAAUAAUAAGAUUUAACCGAGGUAUUGGUGGACUUGCCAAUGUGGUCACUCCAGUGACCUUUCAGGAAUUGCAGCGUAAGAUUCUGAGCACAGGCACACAUACACAGAAGAAUGGCUGCAUUGGAAUUGCACUGUGGGCCGGAGCCUGGGAGUUGUGUGUGGGGUGGAAACAGAGCUGACCUGCUUGACAGUUUUGACUCCGAGAUGCAGGAAUGGGAAGAUCAGCUACAGGACAUGCAGAGGAAGAUUGAAGAGUUGUAUAAUGAGGUCAAAGCACGAAGAGAAGCCAGCGAGAGCAGCACAAACAACAUCACAAACAAUAAAAACCUGGACAUUACUUUGCUUCCUGUCAACUCUCAGUAUAGCCACCAGGCCAAUGGUUAUCACGAACCUCAUGGUCACCCCAACAACAGCCUCCCAAUUUGUCAAUGCAGUGAAAUAAAAGCAGAUCCUUCAGUUAUGCAAAGCCUUGGGUUUCACCACCCCAGUGAAUACUGUAAUGGCUCCAACAAUUGCAUGCUUAAUUCCCUGAGCAACGACAGCCAUUACCCUGCCAGUUGUCAUGCUUUUGAAAGGCAAGAUGCCACCGUAGACAUACUCAAUGGAUACCUCCAACAGGGUCCACAUUUUAGAAGGAACCCAGGGAAUCUUGGAGCUCCAAAUAGAAACCCCAAGGUAUAUCCAGUUACACACAGUUAUCAAGAUAGCAUGAAGACCAGCCUGGCGACAAACAGGACUGCCUCGUGUGUGGUUCUGGAUGAGAUUGAGGAGGCUGAGAACAAAAAGAACAAGAAAUCAAGUUGGGAUGACUCCCAAGCCCGCCACGUUAGCUGGAAAGACCCGGUUUCAUCAAAUGACCUUCCCCCUAAAAAUUCAGCUUCCAAACUGGCAAUCAGACAGAGAGAUUCUUCUCCUGUAACCCCUCGUUCCACUUACCAUGAGUCAUCACAGCAACCUGACAGGAAAUGCCUCUUUCUUGACAGGAAAUCUGGCAGCCCAUCAGUGUUGCGUAAGUUUGGUGCCAUGUUGCAGGAGAAUGAGGGAAAAACCCUGAUAGAGGAUGGUCUCGUGACCACCGUUGUCUCUGCUGAACCUCCGAGGCAAACCAGCACUCCCAUUUGCCAGAGCAAGUUUGAUGACAGGCGGGCAUCCUCACGCACGCACGUCCAGAAAUGCCGUGCAGACUGUGAUGUACUGGUAGCAGAUCUGGAGUUUUGGGCAGCUGGUCCUUCUAGACACCUCCUCAAUGGAGACAGAGGCAGUGGGAGGGGUGGUUGUGUUCUUGAACAGCGUGGCUUGGCCUGUAACUUAAGCCAGUCACAGCCUCACCUUAAUUCGGGGUAUCACAAGGUGGCUUCAAUGUCUAAAGCCCACAAAGCGGGCUUCCAGAGGGAGGACCUAUUCUCUGACUGCCAGAUGGUAGAAAGGAUUCUGGGAGUAGGAUCUCAAAACUUCAAUAAGGUACACAGAGGACUUGGUGUCAAAAUGAUGAGACGGGGAAAUGACAACUUGGAGCAACUUCUGGAAAUGAUGGAAAUAGAGAACAACAGAAGUCAGAGGGCCACAUUCACCCAGCAACUGGACAACAAGCAGGUCAACCGGGAGUCAUCUCCUGCACCUAGCAGUAGCCAUUUUUCUCGUCCUGCUCGACCAGCCAAUCAACGCCGUCCAUCCAGAUGGGUUAAGCAUACUCACCCAAGCAAAAUCGCCCACACAUCCGGCCCAACAAGCCCUGGCCUGAAUGCCAAACAAUUAUUGAAUUCAUAUUCCCGACACACAGAAACUGUCAUCAUGUGACCAGGAUACAACGAGCUUUAAAGGACACUUUCACCCAAUGGCAUAAACUAAACUUUGACCUUUUGUAGAACACGAUCUACUUUUUUGUAUAUAUAACCAACACCACCACAGGAAAGUACCUUAUUGCAGCCCACUAGAAUGCCCUGUGGUAUUUUCCUUAAAUAACUUCAAAAGGUUACUGCUUUCAUUUAACUCUGCGCUGUUUGAAGUGCUUUGGAAAGAAACUCCAGUGGACAUUCUCUAACCUGGUGAACUUCUGUGCCUAUGAACCCUUCAUUGCCUUUUCUCUUCAUUUCUUUCUGUCAUUCUCAUUAAAUUUUCUAUUCUUUUAUUCUGUUAUCUAUUUUCCAGAGUGCUUUGUGUACAGUGCAGUUCUUGCGGUGCCAUGUAGGACAUUUUUUGUAACCAUAUAUGCAUGUUUGCAACAGGCAUAACGUAUUUAAACAUACAUGGCAACGAGUUAUUGAGCCUUAUCUAUUAUGCAUAAACUGUAAAGGCGUGUGCAAACGUUUUGAUGUUCUGUCAUAAAGUCCAUUUCAGUAUUGGAUUAGUGCUUCAUAAUAUUGACAUGAUAACGGGCUCAUAAUGUUUUUUUUUCUUAUAAAGCCUUAUUUGACUGCACCUGACGUGGGCUGUAACUACUCGGUGUAUGGUAACAUGUCUGCAUUCUCCAGCCUUGUAAAAAAAAAAAAUAAGCCAAAUGAAGUGAAUUAUUCUUUAAGUUCAACAUCUGUGAAAAGUACAUUAUAUCUUUUGACAAUAAUAUAAUGAAGAAAUGCUUUUGGAAUGUUUAUUUAUUAUUGUGAUAUGUGACCCUUACAAAAAUGUGAUGCUU